UGGAGUGAUCUCUUCCAAAGUAGUGGUGCUUUCCCCACCGACUAUGGAGGAUGACAACUCUGUCUCAAAGGUCCUCACCAACGACAGCCUGCUAGGUGAGAUCAUCCCCCGUCUCCACUGCCCCACCUGCUAUGUCCGCGCCGCGCUCGCCAGCAAGCGCUGGCUCUGCAACGCCUCGACCCAGGCCACCAUCUGUAGCUUCCGCACGCAGCAAUCACCCCAUCUCCUUGGCAUCUACGUCUUGUGCGAUUUCUUCUCGCGUCCUGAGUUCGUUCCGCUGCCUGACGCCUCGAUGCCGGAACUCAAACCUGCACUCCUCCAUGGGAAGUUUGGUUUCGAGGACUUGGAUACUUUCGCGUUGCGUGUUUGGGGUUGCCGCAACGGACGCGUCCUCUACGGGUUUGGCCCAUCCUUCGAGCUUCCCCUUGGCCCUGCUGUGCAGACCCCGCUGCGGUGCCAUGGGGAAACUAGAGCUGUGCUCCCACGGCUGCCGUAUACCAUCUGCUCCCCUCACGCCAUGCUCCUCCCUAACGACGACGACGAUGACUCCUCGUGCUACCGGGUUGACAUCGAGCAGAGGGACCGGAUGGUAUAUGCAAAAGUGUAUGUCCUGCGUGCCGGCUCCUGGAGCAUCCACUGCUCAGCCUCGGCUGAUCUCGCUGGGUCGCUGGUGCACAUCCUCCAGACAACUAUGCUCAUGCGUGGCACAAUAUACAUGUUCACCACGGCAAGAUACAUCCUCGCACUAGAUCUGACCACCACGAAAUUCUCCACCAUUGAUCUCCCGGAGGGCAUGCAAUUCGAGUACUCCACCAACCUUGCUCCUUGCCAGGGAGAUGACUCCACUCUCUACCUUUUCCAUGUGAGUGGGGACGAGCUUACCGUCUGGCUCCGGAGGAUGAAUGACCACAGCAUCGGCGAUGGAAGCAGCGCCGGCGAGUGGAUACUCAGGGACACCAUUUCCCUGCUAGAGACAUGUGGCCAUCUUGCUGAGCAAGGUUGGGAUCUUGAAGAUAGGUGUGAAGACUUUGUGUCAGUGGUCGGCGUUGGGGACAAUGCUGAGUUCGUGUUCUUGGAGUUGGAACAGACUGGGGUCAUCGUGUACAUGCAUCUCAAGAGCAGGAAGGUGAAGAAGGUGUACCAAAGGCACCCGUACAACGAUUUUAGUAUACGUGUUCUUCCAUUCAUGAUGGUCUGGCCUGUCGUCUUACCAGAACUGUGAAGAUGUGUAUGAAGAUGAAGGACUGCAUCAGAAGUAGCUACCCAAGUAGAAUAAGUUGUGUCAUUGGACGUUGUUCCAUCCUCGAGUUUUUGUUUACAUGCUUUAAACAUAACAAGCUGGAGUUUAUA